UUUUGAAAUUCUAGGAGACGACACAAGCACUUUUCAAUCGCGUUUAGCUUGAAGAAAUCAAAGAAAUAAAUAUCUUACAAGUUCUUUGUGAAAGAGGGCCCUUUUGAGGAAUUUUACUAUCGAAACAGUUUGAUGCGAAGCUAACUCCGAUAUUCAACCAGGGUUUCAGCAUUCCAAUUCCAAUUUCAAUCUCAAGUUCUCUAGUUGAUGAGUAAACAGGGUAAUUUCGUAACUUUCUUUGUGUCUCUAUUGAUAAAUCACUUGUUUAUUCAAACUCCAAUUUCACCUGCAUCUUUAAGAAGCUUAAUAUGGCUUCAAUACUGAUGCUAAUUGCUUCCCAUGAAGCAGAAAACCAAACCGAACUCUCUCUCAGACAAGCCUUUGAGCUUCUUCAGCCAAAGCUGAAACCCCCCUUUUCAUUAGCAAUCCCAAACCCAGAAGAGUACUCGCAGCUCAACCAUGCUAUCCUUUACGGGAUUUUGUGUGAACCCCAUUUGGCCAAAACCCACAUUAAGCACCUUCAUGCCAUUGUCACUGAUGGGUAUUGCUCUUUUAUUGAUUUGCUAAUCAAGGUUGUUGACGGGCUGUAUGUGAAACUUCUUGACUCGGUGAAAAGACAGUUGAUUUGGGUUUCUAAAGAAAUGAUUGAUGUUUCUGCAGUAGGUUUGGGUAAUUUGUUGGUUUGUUUGUUGAGGCAGAUUGUUGGUGGAGAUUUUAGUGAUAGCAACCUAUGGUUGUGUUCUGAGGUGUUGAACAUCUUUUCGACCAAAUGGGGUUGUCUAUUAGAAGAGGAACCUAUGAUUUUAGCGAGUGCUUUGUAUACUUACCUUCGCUUGUUAGCUGAUCACUGUAGAUCAAUUCAUAAUCACAACACAAAAUUAGAGGCAUUAAAGCGUUUGGAGAUUGAGUUUUGUGUUAGAGUAUUGAAGGAAGAGUUCCAUUUGUGUCUUAAAAUUGGGAGGGAUCUGGUUCGAUUACUACAGGAUUUGGUUCAUGUACCCGAGUUUAGAGCUAUAUGGAAGGAUUUGAUACUAAACCCUGGUAAUUUCAAGACUCCAGGAUUUUCGGAUAUUUCACAGCUUUACUGCACCAGGACACCAAGUAGUUUUUUUUCACUUCAAAUUACUCCGGAAAUGGAGGCCCAGUUGAGAUUUCUACUUACACAUGUGAAGUUGGGGAGCCAGAAACGUCAUCAGUCAUGGUUUACUAAGAAGUUUCUAUGUGGGCCGGAGAGAGAAACUCUGAUAAUUGACAUUGUUCGGUUUAUAUGUUGUGCACACCACCCACCUAAUGAAAUCAUUCGGUCUGAAGUUAUUCCAAGGUGGGCUGUAAUAGGUUGGCUGCUUAAAUCUUGCACACAGAAUCAUGUUGAAGCCAAUGUGAAGCUUGCCCUGUUCUAUGAUUGGCUCUUCUUUAAUGACAAACUAGACAAUAUCAUGAAUCUUGAGCCUGCAAUUUUGCUGAUGGUAAACUCUAUACCUAGAUACAUUGACAUGACUCACACUCUUCUUGAUUUUUUGUUCCUUCUCGUGGACAACUACGAUGUGGAUCGGAAUGAUCUCAUAGUUAAAGGCGUCUCAUCGUCAUUUAGCAUGCUUGUAAAGCAAGGAGUAAUUCACUCAUUAGAUGUGUUGACGUCUUGUGAUGUGCUUUUCCCUUUCCUAAGAGAGAGACUUCUGAGUUUGUUCUCUGAUAGGAAAGUAAAGGUUUAUAAAGACCUGGAUUCGCCUCAAAGUCCGCAGCCUUUGGGAUUGCAGCAUUGUUCUGGGGUGUGAACUCAAGUGGCAUCACCAAAAGGACAAACUAUAGGUACGGGAGAAAUUAGAUUUGAACUUUUUGGUGCUUCUGUUUUGAUUUCAGAUAAGACAGCUGCUUCUGCUUGUUCAUGAGGAGUGACAUGCGAAAGAGCUAUAGAAAUUUUUGCGUCUGAAUUGUAGUAUGUAUAUUUUAGUGCUUCUAAUUAUGUUUGUUUGUGUCCUUGAAUGAAUUGUAACAAGAGCUACUGCUGCUUCUGUAAAUUUAUACAUACUGCUAAGAACUUCUUACGCAAAA